CAUGAUAGGGGAUAUCAAGUUCUACACCUAUUUGAUGGUGUGAUCUCGUUCACGUCCUGUGCCUUGUUGUCACUAAUAACUAUAAACGCAACAUCAUAUUGAUUUCUUUGUAUUAAUGGAUCUAUACUUGUAGAUGCAGUUAAGACUGAAAUGGUGUCUGUCUAUGACGUUUCUGAUGGUACUGAUGGUACUUAUAGUAAUGACAGAUGCAGCUAAUAUAGAUGAAGGCUGUGAAAGUGUAGCUGAAUGUCCUGCUGAUGCCAGGUGUAUCACUAGAGGAUGCGAUGGGAAAUUUUGUGUGUGCAACACUGGGUUUCUACCAUCAGAAGACAAGACUACAUGUGGACAAGCUGCUGAUCUUGGGGAACAAUGUAACCCAGAAGCAAACGUAUUUUGCUUACGACCGAAUUCACGAUGCCCACCAUUCAAUCCAUUAGUCCCUCAACGUGAAUGUGAAUGUGAAGACGAGUAUUUUGAAUCUAGUGGCAGAUGUAGAAAAGAUCCAACAUCAGAUGGCACAUCUUUCCCUCUGCUUGGCGAGGCUUGUGACAAUUCAAAGAAAAUAUGUUCAGGACUUUUCCAGGAUUGCGUAUCUAAUGUGUGUACAUGUAAGGAUGGGUACAGAGCUGCCACAGUAGAUGAUAUAUCACUAGAACCUUCCAACACAUUUGAAUGCCGCUUGGAUAUUGACUUAAUGAACAAUACCCAGGUUUCCUGCCCAUCUAUAGUUAAAAUUUAUGAGGAAUGUGAUUCGGACGAAAACUGUAUCCCAAAUGCAGCGUGCAAGGCCAGGGGAUGCAACAGCAAUAUUUGCAUCUGUAAUGUGGGAACAAUAUCAAACGUUAAUAAUGAUCAAUGUUUACAAGUUUCUACUAUUGGGGGAUCAUGCAAUGACACCAUUAGGUGUCCCGGGGGUAGGACUGUAUGUGUGAACAGUAUAUGCGAGUGUCAACAGGGGUACAUACAAGUGGAUGACACACGUUGCAAAGAAGACAUCUCAAACUUUAAAGACUACACCUGGUCACUGUUGGGAGAAGAUUGUAAAGAAACUGGUGAUAACCAAAAAGUGUGUCAUGAGAAAGAACAAGAAUGUAAAGACGGGACUUGUCAAUGCAAAGAUGGUUACAGACCAGCCACUGAUGAAGAGAAUUCUCUUUCCCCAUUUGUUAAUAUUGAAUGUGUUGAAAACGAUUAUGAUCCAAGUGUAUCAGCUAAUGGCGGUAGUUGCCCAAAGCCAGAAGCUUCAUCCACUAUACAAUCCAUGCCAUCAAUUGAUAUGUCAUCAACAACACAAAUACCACCACAAACAUCAAUAAUAGGGCUAACAUCUAUUCUACCAACAUCAACCACCUUGAUAUCAGUGCAACCAACAGCAAUUGACUCAAUGACUGUAGCACCUUCAGCAUCUGAAUCUCACAUCUGAUUUUAAAUCAUUGUCCGUAACUCCAUCAUUAGCAUUUUAUUCUCU